AUGUACAUCCCAAAAGAACAAAUAUCCUUACAGACGCCUUCGCCGGCGAGGUCGUCUCCUCUUCCUCCUCCUCCGGCUGACAGCUUCCCAGGCAUCGCGGCGUCAGCACUGUAUCGCCAUUUCAGCCGUGCAGCGGUGCCCACAAAUGAAACUGUCACCACCCACGAUUCAGGCCCGGUGAUUGCGUCGACAACAUUCAUCUCCGUGACUGUGACGUGUCUGUGCCUUUUCGUUUUGAUUUUCGGUUUUUCACUAUACAAAAGAUGCAUUGGCAGAGUCGACCAGUCCGAAACAUCGUCCAUAUCAUCCGCUUCAGCACCGUCGGCAUGGCACGUCGACGGGACCGAUUUUGUGACCGGCGAGGACGUGGCCAAACGACACCGCAAGCGACUGAGGAAACUCGACCACGUCGCCCCCUCCAAGUCACUGCACGACUGGCGCUCCGAGAAGACCACCAUGCAUGUACAGACGUUUGCCAGCGUGUCGAAAGAGAAAGACCUGGUCCGCGAAUUACAGUGCGGCCACGUCUACCACACCAAUUGUUUAAACUUGUGGGUCGAGAGAGGCCAUCACGACUGUCCGCUCUGCAAAUUCGACAUAUUGGGCUUGAAGAAGAACCCGGUGAAGGUUCAGGAUGCUGAUCUGGAACGGGGCGAGGCUGCCGAGCUGGAACAGGGAUCUGAACCAGAACAAGGCCAGAGAACUAUACUAGUGCAAGGAUCUGUCAGUACGGCCGGCCCCGACGAAGCCACGCCACAACCUGCCCUCCAGCCUGUCAGUUCCCAUGAUGCUAGUGACGAACCUCCAAGAAACGGGUGA